ACAUCAUUGUUUUUGUAUAAAAAUAAAAUAAAAAAAGAGGGCAAGAGAGUAUAAGAGCUAGUGUUAAGAGUUGGCCCAUUUCCACAAUUUUUGGGAGGGACUCUUAUUUGGAGUUGAAGCUUUUGUGGACAUAGGAGAGAGACUAAGAGUCACCAAAAUAAGAGUCUCCCCUUAUUGAUGCUCUAAGUAGGUUAUACUCUGACUUCAACAAUGAUAUCAUCCGCUUUUGUCUGCUCGUAAAUUUUGUCAUACAAUACAAGUAGGUUACUGUACUAUAUUAAACUUGGUAGUGGUAUAUAAUAAGCAUCCAUGACACAGAGAUACGUGUUGACAUUAGCUUUCUGAACACAAUGGAAAACAUUGCUAUUGUUGGAGGUGGAAUUACAGGCCUCUCUUUGGCAUUAGCUCUUCACAGGUUGGGAUUGAAGAGUUUGGUUUUGGAAUCAUCAGAUGGUUUGAGAGUAGCUGGUGCUGCAUUUGUUACAUGGACUAAUGCUUGGAAAGCACUUGAUGCUCUUGCUGUUGGUCACUUGCUCCGCCCACAACACUGCCAACUCUCCGGGAUCGUUGUUACAUCAACAGUAUCAGGGGUUCCAACUGCACAACUUUCAUACGGAAACCGUGAAGUAAGAUGUGUGAAAAGAAGAGUGUUAUUAGAAACUCUUGCAAACGAGUUACCAAAGGAUACAAUAAGGUUCUCGUCUAAGGUGGUUAGCAUCCAAACAUCAGGCCAUCUAAAGCUCAUCCAUCUUGCUGAUGGCUCAAUUUUAAAGACCAAGGUUUUGGUUGGUUGUGAAGGAAUAAACUCCAUUGUAGCAAGAUGGUUAGGAUUCAAUCAGCCAUCAUUCACCAAGAGGUUCGCCAUCAGGGGUUAUGUUCAGUGUAAGGAAAAUCAUGGCCUAAACCCGGAAUUUUUGCUCUUUACAGGGCAUGGUUAUCGAUGUGGGAUCAUCCCUUGUGAUCCCACUACUAUUUACUGGUUUUUCACUUUAUCUCCAUCCAACCAAGAACAAGAAGAAGAAAUAAUAGAAAAUCCAAUGAAGAUGAAGCAAUUUGUGGUGAGUAACUUGGGACAAGUUGAAGACAAGAUAAAGGCGAUCAUAGAGAAGACUGAAGUGGAGGAUAUCAUAUGCUCUCCUCUAAGAUUCAGACCUCCAUGGGAGAUACUUUGGGGUGAUAUAAGCAAGGGAAAUGUUUGUGUUGCUGGAGAUGCAUUUCACCCAAUGACCCCAGAUAUUGGUCAAGGUGCAUGUUCUUCUUUAGAAGAUGCGAUUUUCCUUGCCAGAUACCUUUCUGAGGCAUUUUCAGUGAGUAGAUCAGAAGAAGAACAGGAAGAGUUGGAAUACAAGAUGAUUCAGAACAGCUUAAAGAAAUAUGCAAAGGAUAGGAAAUGGAGAGCCAUUGAUCUUGUUACUACAGCUUACUUAGUAGGUUUUUUGCAGCAGAGUGAUGGGAAGGUGAUGACUUUUUUGAGGGACAAAGUAUUAGCCCCCUUUUUGGCUAACUUGUUGAUGAAGAAGGCUGAUUUUGAUUGUGGACCUCUCUGAGAAUACAUGCAUGCUGCUGAAGUUUGUUUUUUUUUUUUUUAAGGAAAGAAAACUCAGGCGGA